CAUCUACUUUCUACUCAAUAAACUAUUCCAUGUGCUGUGUACUAGGUUAUAUUUAUUUCAUUUUGUAGCUCUUUAGACACAAGACAAUUAUUUAAAAUGUUACGGCAACUAGGCCGAAAUUAUUUUAAAUUAAAUCGGCAGCUUACAAGCUCGAAUAAAUGCUAUUCAUUGCCUGCCAGCUCAAGUCAAGUCGCAACUCAAGAUGAGGCAGAGAAGAAGGAAAUUUCUAAAGCAAUGAAGUCAUACUUGGAACGUGCUAGAGCACAUGAUGAAUUUAUGAAGGAUCAACAGUCAAAGUUUCAAAUUGGUAAACGACAUUUAGCCAAUAUGAUGGGUGAAAAUCCUGAAACUUUUACCCAGGAAGAUGUAGAUGAAGCCAUUGCAUAUCUAUUUCCUUCUGGAUUGUUUGAGAAGAGAGCAAGACCCAUCAUGAAGCCUCCAGAGGAGAUAUUCCCUGCAAGAAAGGCUGCUGAAUUUGAUGAAAUGGGCAGGCCACAUCACUUCUUGUUCUAUACAUCAACACCCAAUUUCUAUCAACUACUUUAUGAUGCAGUUCAUCACAUGAUUGAAUUAAAUAGGUUUGAGGAUGCUAUGCUAAGGAAAAAUAAUAAGCCAGAUGUCAAUUUACAAAUGCAGGAAUCUGGUUAUCAAUGGAUUGAUAAACUGUCACUGGAGAAGUUAUUAGUUGAAACAAUAACAGAAAAACAAUACAAAUCAUUUCUAGUGACAAUGGAACGCUUGUUUGCUUUGCCGUAUUCGUAUCGAAUUGCUGAAUUUAUUGAGAACUACCGAAAACCCCUAAUGAGUCAGGCCAAGAGCACUGUAAUUCCAAAACCACAAUAUGAAGCUGAUGGAAGUGCAUUUAUUACAACUUAUGAGUGUUUGCGGAAGAAAGCACGUGGACACGUUACCGUUAGGAGUCCUGGAACUGGUAUAAUCACAAUCAAUGGUCAGGAUAUAAGAUAUUUUGCAGAUACUUACUGCAGAGAACAGCUUUUGUUUCCAUUAAUAUUCACAAAUUUGCACACCAAAAUGAAUGUGGAGGCUCACGUGGAAGGUGGAGGUCCUGCAGGCCAAGCGGGAGCCAUACGUUGGGGCAUUGCAAUGGGAUUGAGGAGUUUUGUAGAUGAAGAAAUGGUAGAAAAAAUGCGUAUAGCUGGCUUGUUAACUCGUGACUACAGAAUAAGAGAAAGGAAGAAGCCAGGCCAAGCAGGUGCCCGUAAGAAGUACACAUGGAAGAAGCGUUAAAUCAUAGAACAAAAGACCAAUCAUUCCUUCCAGUUGAUCAAGAGGAACUGCCAACUCAACAACUCCAUUGGAAUUUGUACUUUGAACUUGAAUAAUUGGCUUUAAUUGUAACGAUGUCACUGUAAUGUUCUUUCCAAUACAAUCUAAUAUCUGAAAUGCAUAAAAAAAUCUAAUAAGAUUUUUGAGUUUUUAAUACAAUAUUCAAAUUUGUGCAUGUGCUGCCACCAGUGAUUAAGUUGUGACACCACUUAGAAACAUUUCUAAAUAAGUGUGAGGUUAUUUCUCGCUAUACGGUUUUCUCGCAAAUUUAUGUACAACAUUAACAAUUACUUACCCUACGCCCAAUAUAGAGUUUCAAUUUGCUCGCCAUGAUUCGUGAGAGGUGAGUUAUUAAAUCAUGGUUCGCAUGGAAAGAACUUGACGAUAAAAACUUUGAUGAAAAGCGAUUGUAUACUGCAGAACACUCAUCGUACUACUUUCCUCGCUUGCAGAUUCCUACUUGUUGUAGAUUCAAAGCGUGAUAUAAUUCGAAAUAGUCAUUUUACUUUUAAUUUUGCUGUUUUAAUGUUAAAUUACUUGAAAUUUAAUGAAUGACAAACAUUUUGAUGAAUAAAUAAUUUUCGACUGGUGACAAGGAUAACUUGUCAGGUUUGAAUCGGUU